AUGAUAAGAUUUCGUUUUUCAUUACUUCAAACUAAAUCAAAAUCACGACAAAUAAUUCAAAAUUUGAGUGGAAAUAUUAGAUCCGGACAGUUGACCGCAUUUCUCGGGCCUAACGGCGCCGGGAAAAGCACUCUCUUGAAGUGUUUGGCAGGAAAAAGAAAGUCUGGACUUUCUGGUCGUAUAUUUGUUACAUAUAAUGGAUGCAAACCUCGCAUAACGUUUUCUUAUUAUUCACAAAACGAUGUCUUUAAUGAAUUACUGACUGUUGAGGAAUCUAUUGUUUAUGCCUCACAAUUAAAGUUUACCUCAAAAAUUAAAGCAUUAUUCAAUGAUAAUAAAAUCAAACAAAACUCAUUGUUAUCGCUCACUAAUCAAUCCACACAUCGAUUAAAAGCUGAGAAACUCAUUGAAGAUUUGCAUCUAAAGAAAUGCUCUAAAACUGUGGUCAAUCAUUGCAGUGGAGGUCAGAGAAGAAGACUAUCCAUUGCAUUGGAACUGAUAUUCUCUCCGACGAUCCUAUUGCUCGAUGAGCCGACCAGUGGUUUAGACUCAUUGUCUACUUUACAAUCUAUUGAAUUACUCAAGAAGUGGUCUAACAGAAAAUCUAAACCUAUGAUCAUAGCUAUGGUUAUACAUCAACCAAAUGCUAAAUUGCUUUCAUAUUUUGACAAUCUAUACAUUAUAUCAAGUACUGGACAAUGCAUUUAUGAGGGAACUACUGUCAAAUUAAUAGAUCAUAUGUCUAACUUUAACCUCCAGUGCCCGAAGUUUUACAAUCCAUCCGAUUUUGCUAUAGAAGUGGCCAGUGGUGACUUGGGAUUAGACGCAAUACAUAUGUUGGCUGAAUUUCAAAGACAACAUUUCAAAGAUAACCUAAAUAAUACUAAUUGUAUUGAAAUGACAAAAGUUAUUAAAGAGACUCAAAGACAUACUUUUGGUGAUCAGCUUUGGACGACUUGGAUAUUAACAAAGAGAUGCUUUAAAAUUAAUUUAAGGGAUCGGAAACAAUAUUUCCUACAAUUUAAUUGUGUAUUAUUUAUGCUCUUAUUGUUAUAUAUUCUUCAUUUGGAUAACAAAGUUGGUAUAAAUGAUGGUUGCAUUCAAAAGCCAAGCGUUGAUUAUAUUAAGAGUCUUCAAGUCUUUGAUUUUCUAAACUCAACGACCAGUACUUUCCCCAACUGGGCCUUCAUUUUCUAUUCGUCUAUAUUUAUGGUAUUUAUAUCAAUGUUACCGACAUUGUUGUCAUUCCCUCUGGAAGUGUCCAUCUUUUGCAAAGAACAUUCAAAUGGUUGGUAUUCAAUGAGUUCAUAUUUUUUGGCCAAAAAUAUAGCAGAAAUUCCACAAAACAUUAUAUUUCCGCUAAUUUAUUGUAUCGGUUCGUACAUAAUAACUGAACAAAUACUGGAUCCGAUCAGAUUCAUUGGUUUCAUUACAAUAAUGAUUUUAUUAUCAUUUUUGACACAAGGACUCGGAUUUUUCAUAUCAGCUUUAUUUGUGAACAAUAUAAUAGCCUCGACAGUGAUCGGUGCUGUUGUUAAUAUUCCUCUUUUAUUAUUUGCCGGAUUACUAAUCAAAAUCCAAUCAAUUCCGCAUUUUUUGCGUCCUUUUACAUACAUAUCUUAUUUUAGAUUAACAUUUGAAUCAAUAAUGAUUUUUAUCUAUGGCUUUGAUCGCUGCCAACCCAUUGAAAGACUCACAAUUCAAAGUAUUAAACAAGAUUUUGGAGACCAUAUAAUACCAAUUGUUAAGUGUGUCUAUGAUUAUGAUUCAGAUCUCGUCGAUAACAUGACUCUCGCUAUCGAUUACUUCAAUGAAAUGAUAGAUAAAAGCAAUUCAUUUGCUUUAUUAGCAUUUGAAUACAAAGAUAGUGAUAUUAAUAUGUGCUUAUUUUGUAUUAGUUUGGAGAAUUAA